GUGUUUUAGCUCAUACUUUUAGCUCAAAACUGUUUUUCUAUUCUGUGUAUCCACAGCCUUUCUUGGGUUACCACUUGCUUCAAAAGCAAAGGUGCCUUGAUGAUUCUCUGAACUAAAAUACAUGUGCAAUACUGGUAGAAACUUUUUUUCCCUGAUGCAGGUGCCAAAUAUAAAUAUGUUUUACUAUUAAUGUACAUAUUUGACUUGGCUCUUCUUUGAUAUAGUACAUUUAAUUCUUUGUGUGCCUCUAUAUUUACCAUAAAACCUCGAUUUGUGAUCUCCAUCACCUACAAAUGUCAUGUUAGUAUUCAACCAGCAGAGGGAGCUCCCAAUUUCAAACACAUUACAUCCUUUGUCAAAAAGGUCAAAGUUGAUAACAUGAUAGUUUAGGAUCCCCACCUAGGGCACUGAAAAGGGGGACAAAGGUGGCUCAUUCUAGGGGCCCAGACUGAGUGGGGUCCCUCAAAAGCCCCUAAUGCAAAUUUGCCGCUGUGUUAGGGGCCUUAAAAAAUUUAUAUUUUUAUGGGGCCCAAUAUCCCUUUUGGGCCCCACCAAAGUUUUAUCUUUCAUUCUCCAAGUAAGUAGUUGUAGUAUGUUAAAUAUUUCAACAAAUGAUUUUCUUGCACUUUCUGCAACAAAUUGAACCUGUUGCUGAGCAACUGGUGUCAUCCCAGCUGUCUUUCUGAAAAGAGUAGGACAAAGCCUGGAAAAGGUGGCAUUAAAAUGUCCCUAUUUUUGUUGUCUUAAAAAAACGUACCUGGAAAAUAUUUAAUACAUACAAAAAGCUACGAUCUAUUAGUAAAUAAAACACCUCAAACAUCCAAAUUUGACGUGUUUUAAUCAGUCUUGGGGUUUGAAACAAAAUUCCUCUGUCUUGCAAAUACCCUACAGUCAUGUAGGUCACAGUUACUAAUCCAGGAGGACACUGACCCAUUUUAAGACGGAGUCACACGCCUCAUGGAGGCUUGAGGACAGCAAUGCUCAUCAUCAGCCGCCAACCACGAGAUCACAGGCAGGGGAAACACAUGAUGGGGGGGUUCUGCAGAAAGCCUUUCGACCACUUUAAGUGAGUCAUAGAAAAACAUGGCUAAUCUCCUCAUUAGUGACGCUCAUUCAUAUAGGGAUGCCUGAAUGUCAAGCAUGCUGGAGUGCUGCAUGGUGCGUCUGACUUUUAAUGGAGAUCUUGUUCCAUCAACAAGUGUUUGUUUCCCUCGCCUGCCCAUCCCCAACUUUCUUGUUCUCUUCUCCAUUCUAUUGGAUGUUCAGCUGUUGUGCUCAGUAGCUCUUUUGUUCGGUAAAGCAUCCCUCACAUUGCUCCAUGGCUGAGUGGAGACAGUACCCGUUAGCACCUUCUUUAUGUCAAGACAGAGCCUAAAACUGCAGUCUGAAGAGAAAGGAGGAUCUGUCAACAGGAGAUCUGGAUCAAAGGGGAACUACACUUGUAUGAACUUGUUUUUAUAGUUUGUGAUGCCAUCUGCCGACUUUGGGUUUUCAAAGUAUUGGAUCCCCCCCGCUGGGUGCUGAAAGUUGAGCUCUGUGAGGUGUCACCUGAACUCUAGAGGGAUGGCUUUCCGCAGACCAGCUGCCCAAAGGAAAUCCCAGAGCUGGAGGAGAUCAGGAAACGAUUCUUACUGGGAGAGCUUGAUGUCAGAGGGGGAUUGGGUCCCCAGCCCUCAACGUGCACCUCGCCCCCAAAGCGCCAUCGAAGGGGCCCAGCUGGACCACUGGCUGGAGCACCUGCAAACCCUACAGAACACCACAGAGUCUCCAACUUUCCACAAUCGGAAGCCGAUUCCCUCCUUCAGCAGAGGCUCGUCUUCAUGUGGGAGUUCCAAUCUGGGCAGCCAGGAGUCCAUUCCAGCUGGGUUUGUUCCUGUUUCCGAGCGCAGAAGGAGCUGGGAGAGAGCUCACAUCACUGAGGCCCCACAGACAGAACAAGCUCACCUGAGUAAUCUGUCUCCAGUCAAAUUUGGGUGGUUGCCAAUACAAAGAAAAGUGAUGGGGUUGGAUGAUGCAAGGAGCCAAAACCAGUUGUUGGACCACCGUCCUGGCCAACUGAGGCCCAAACAACCCAUCACUCCAACAUUGCAGAAGAACCAAGCAUCUCUCUAUGGCGGAGUGGAGAGAAGUCACACCAGUUCUGGUGCUUUGCGAGGAAAGACGUGGUGGACGCGUGAUCAAGGCUCCCCGCCUGAUAAAGAGGUGCCAGAAAAGAGUAGGUCUCCUGAUAAUGAGAAGGACAGGCCUGUCAGCUGGCAAGCUCUAAGGAGGGGUUGGAUAAGCAGCAGGACGUCCGUUUUCCCUGGAGUCGACAGGAAUAAUGACCUUCUCACUGGGACCGGUUCAAGCAGGAAGUCUCCUUUGACGAGCCCCAAACCUCACAACCACUCACCUUUAAUGUGCACAGCGUCUGCGGAUCCCCACAGUCAGCAUCCACAAGGGGAAACGUCACACAAGCCUUUGCAAAGGACAAACAGUCUUCAGCCUUUGAAGGCGACGACCCCCCUCAACACACAGUCAAGUUCAGACGUGACUACGCUGAUACCCCAGAACAAAACCAGCAUCUCCUCCAUCACCAUCUCCUCCAGAAAAGUGGGGCGAACAGCCAGUCUACCUGGAUGCGUCACCCCUUCAUCCCAGACGUCCAGUUCACCCUCUCCCACCUUAGAUGAGCAGCCCAUGGAUCCAGACUCCAGGCAGGUGAGGGUGCAAAGGAAGGCCACCAUCGUCAAAGUCACAGAGCAAAGGGUCAUUUCCAGUCCGAACGUCGUCAGGGCCAGGACGCCGCCAGAGGGUCAAGGGUCGGACACUGUGGUCCGCAGAAGAAAGGCCACUAUCAUCAAAGUGACAGAGCACAAGGAGAGCUACAGCCCAGCCAAGACUGCUUUCAGAAAUCCAGAGUACAGACACAGCUAUACAGAGGGAGUCUUUCAAAAUAAAAGCACAUGGGGUCAUUCGGGAAGCAAUGGAGUCCAUUCAAACUCCAUCUCGCCAAACACGUCCGACACAGAGAAGCACGACACUCUGCACAGAUCCACUUUGAGUCUCUUUGUGAGCAAACCUGCCGUCACAGCAGGGCCCGUUUUCUCAGAAGUUUCUCCAAAAGCUUCUGGACGGAGAUCGGACACACUGCACAUGCCGUUGAGCUGCUACGGCAAAUUAACCGGCCACUAUGAGCCAAGCCAGACCCAAACAGAUGCCAGGAAAUGGAGCCAUGGGACUCACAUAAACCCCGGGGACAGUGGAUCCAUCAACCCUGGCUGGGCAGCGAGGGAGGCAGGUCAGUCGGUGGCUGACGCCCAGACGGCACACCGAGAGGAAAAAUUUAAAUUCCAGCCAUCCGUGGAUAGAACGCGGAGAAGUCUAACCCUCAUCAAGGCCUCUGAUCCCCAUUCCCAGCAGUCUCAGGAGGAAGUUCUUGCCCUAAAUGCUGCUGCCAUCAUCGCAAACAUCAAACUCCAGAGACAACUCAGUCAGAGGAAGAAAUCUUCAGAGGAGUCUAUGGCGUCUCUCCAUGGAGAUCCUGGUACAGUAUCACCUCUCAGGUCCACAUAUGAAGAUAGGGUUUACUGUGAUGUGGUGGAUUGUCUGUAUAAGUCAGUGCUGACCAGGGUGCAGAACACAACCCGUUUCUUUUUCUCUGUCUCAGAGGUGAAGGAGGAGAGGAAUACAAAGCUUUAUUCUGAGCAGAAUGAAGUUGAUCACAACAAGCAACCUCUCGCCCAGGAAAGGUCAGAUGAAACCAUUUCUCUUCAGGCACUGCAGCUGUCCAGACCAGACUUCAUCCUUCAGUCCCAGAGCAGAGUGCGAGAGGUGGAGCGGAAGGCGCAGGAGAGGAAGCAGCGCUCGGGUUCAGGGGACCGGCAGAAGAGAGACUCCACUACCCAGUUUACCUCUGUGAAUGGUAACCCAUUUAAACCCAGAGGCAGAGCUGCUCUGCAAACCAAAAUGCAACCGAGGUCCCACAAGUGAGCUCCAUCUUUAUCUAGAGAAGACUGGUUCCUCUUCUAUUGUUCCACAAAUUUUCCACAACCUAUUUUUUUUAUCUUGUUUCACCACAAAAAGCUUCUUUUGUUUUGUUUUAUCAGUAAAAAUGUAUCUUUUCCCUUCAAUUUUAUGUCACUUUUUUAUUUUCUCACUCAAAAUGCCAUUAAAAUGACCCACAUAUACAUUAUGCUAUAAUUGAAUUGCAUAUUUCAAUAAAAAUACUUAUUAAAGACUUUUAAAAUAAGAUUUGUCUUUCUUUUAGGUAAAACUUUGUGUUUAUGCAAACCAGCAUCUUUGGAGUUUGAUGUGGACGAGAAGAUAGGAACACUUCAUAGACAAAAACUUCAAUAAAAUCUGUCACAACACCAAAAAAAA